AUGGCCUCAGGUCGGAAGGAUUUCCUGAACCAGCCUGCGCCCGAAAAUUAUGUCGCGGGUUUAGGUAGAGGUGCGACCGGCUUCACCACCCGUUCUGACCUAGGACCUGCGCGUGAGGGUCCUACACCUGAACAGAUUCAGGCCGCUCUUGCAAAGAGAGCGCAACUUCUCGGAGCAGCUCCCCCAACCGCAUAUGGCGCGGGACGCGAAAAGGGUGGACGAGAAGAGAAAGAGGAAGAAGAGGAGGAUGAACGUUUCCAAGAUCCGGACAAUGAGGUUGGGCUUUUUGCCUACGGGCAAUUUGAUCAAGAAGAUGACGAGGCGGACCGAAUUUACAAAGAAGUAGACGAGAAGAUGGAUAAGCGCCGGAAAGCAAGAAGGGAAGCUCGAGAACGUCAAGAACGUGAAGAAUAUGAACGCAAAAAUCCGAAAAUCCAACAACAGUUCGCCGACCUGAAGCGCUCACUAGCCUCUGUUUCAGAAGAGCAAUGGGCCAAUCUUCCGGAAGUCGGAGACCUCACGGGGAAGAAUCGAAGAGCUAAGCAGAACCUACGACAGCGCUUCUAUGCGGUACCAGACAGCGUUAUUGCCAGUGCAAGGGACUCCACUCAGUUCGAAACCACCAUAGCCGACGACGGUACCCAGACGGAUGUACGUGGAGGCGAGGCGGACGGCACGAUGACGAACUUUGCGGAUAUUAGUGCUGCCCGUGAUAAGGUGCUUAAGGUCAGGCUUGAUCAAGCCGCCCGGGGUUCCACUGCUGAUUCCUCCUCCGGGAGUGCGACCAACAUCGACCCGAAAGGAUAUCUCACAAGUCUGACGCAGUCGGAGUUGAAAGCGGGCGAAGUCGAGAUUGGCGACAUCAAGCGAGUGCGUGUCUUAUUGGAAUCUGUAACCAAAACGAAUCCUAAGCACGCUCCUGGAUGGAUUGCACUUGCGCGAUUGGAAGAACUUGCUGGAAGAAUUGUGGCCGCCAGGAACAUCAUUGCCAAGGGUUGCGAACUCUGCCCGAAGAGCGAGGAUGCGUGGCUCGAAAAUAUUCGUUUGAACGAAGGCCACAAUGCCAAGGUUAUUGCAGCCAAUGCGAUCAAGAAUAAUGAUCGUUCCACAAGACUUUGGAUUGAGGCCAUGAGACUGGAGUCCGACACUCGCGCGAAAAAGAAUGUGCUUAGGCAAGCUAUUCUCCACGUGCCCCAGUCUGUUACCAUCUGGAAAGAAGCCGUGAACCUGGAAGAAGAUCCCGCCGAUGCACGUCUUUUACUGGCGAAGGCAGUCGAAAUGAUCCCUUUGUCUGUUGAGUUAUGGCUUGCUCUUGCCCGUCUAGAAACUCCUGAAAAUGCACAAAAGGUUCUGAAUGCUGCUCGCAAGGCCGUCCCUACGAGUCAUGAAGUUUGGAUCGCGGCUGCACGAUUACAGGAGCAAAUGGGCACUUUCGAUAAGGUCAAUGUGAUGAAGAGGGCAGUCCAAGCGCUGGCAAGGGAAAAUGCCAUGCUCAAGAGAGAGGAAUGGAUUGCGGAAGCUGAGAAGUGCGAGGAAGAGGGAGCCAUCCUCACGUGUGGCGCAAUCAUCCGCGAAACUCUCGGAUGGGGGCUUGAUGAAGACGAUGACCGCAAGGAUAUCUGGAUGGACGAUGCGAAGGGCAGUAUCGCCAGGGGCAAAUACGAGACUGCAAGAGCAAUUUAUGCUUAUGCAUUGCGUGUCUUUGUCAACCGUCGAUCUAUUUGGCUCGCAGCUGCCGACCUGGAGCGUAACCAUGGCUCCAAAGAGGCGCUCUGGCAAGUCCUUGAGAAGGCAGUGGAGGCAUGCCCUCAAAGCGAAGAGCUGUGGCUCCAGCUUGCGAAGGAGAAGUGGCAAGCUGGCGAGAUCGACGACGCUCGACGGGUGCUCGGGCGGGCUUUCAAUCAGAAUCCGAACAAUGAGGACAUCUGGCUCGCCGCUGUCAAAUUGGAAGCGGACGCGGACCAGACAGAUCAAGCUAGGGAACUCCUCGCAACGGCCCGACGGGAAGCUGGCACUGACCGUGUUUGGAUCAAGAGUGUCGCCUUUGAACGGCAACUGGGCAACAUUGACGAGGCGCUUGAUCUGGUGAAUCAGGGGUUGCAGCUGUAUCCCAAGGCCGAUAAACUUUGGAUGAUGAAGGGGCAAAUCUACGAAUACCAGAACAAAUAUCCACAAGCCAGAGAGGCCUACAGUACUGGUACCAGAGCUUGUCCCAAGUCAGUGCCGCUUUGGCUCUUGGCCUCCAGACUUGAAGAGAAGUCCGGUGCCGUAGUCAAGGCUCGUUCAGUUCUCGAUAGGGCACGCCUUGCCGUCCCAAAGAGCGCUGAGUUAUGGACAGAGAGUGUCCGUGUGGAACGGCGUGCAAAUAAUAUCGGACAGGCCAAGGUCUUGAUGGCCAAGGCUCUGCAGGAAGUUCCGACCUCCGGUUUACUAUGGAGCGAGAGUAUCUGGCAUCUCGAACCUCGGGCGCAACGGAAGGCCCGUAGUUUGGAGGCGAUCAAGAAAGUGGAUAACGAUCCGAUCCUGUUCAUCACGGUAGCUCGUAUAUUUUGGGGUGAGCGUCGACUGGAAAAAGCCAUGACGUGGUUCGAGAAAGCCAUCGUCUCGGACAGCGAUCACGGCGACGGCUGGGCUUGGUACUACAAAUUCCUGCUGCAGCAUGGUACAGAGGAAAAAAGAGCGGACGUUGUGGCCAAGUGCGUCUCAACUGAGCCCAAACAUGGUGAGGUUUGGCAGUCUGUGGCCAAGGAUCCAGCCAACGCACGCAAGUCGACAGAAGAGAUUCUCAAGAUGGUUGCAGACCGUCUCACACAGUAA